CCAUUUCUAUUUUUAAUUAAGCGCAACUAUUAUCUCAUGAAUCAUGUCACCAUAAACCCCCACCGGUAUACAAAGUCUAAUUGGCAAGAGUCGAACUCCGUCAUCCUGCAACUGCAUGUGCUUGCUGAAUGUUCUAAAAGUAGUCUAUCGCUUCAUCGUGUGGAUGCAUUUCAAGCAUUAUGCAAAGAUGUUGAGAGACGAGCACUUCUUGAGUUCAAACAUGGUCUCAUUGAUCGUGCAGACCAGCUCGCUUCAUGGGCUGGUCAAGAGAGCGAAUGUUGCAGGUGGACUGGGAUUGUUUGUGACAAUAUUACUGGUCAUGUUCAUCGUAUUCAUCUUCGUGGGUUUGGUGGUUAUUGUCGUGUUUUUGAUUACACUACUUCAAAAGAAUAUGAUGAAAUCUCAAAGCGUCGUUUAGGUGGGGAGAUAAGACCCUCCCUCCUAAAUUUGAAAAAGCUCGAGUAUCUAGACUUGAGCUGCAAUGAUUUUUCAGAGAUUAAUGUUCCUAGCUUCAUCGGUUCUCUUCAAAAUUUGAAAUAUCUUAACCUCUCAAGUUCAAGAUUUGGUGGCAUUAUCCCUCCUCAAAUCUGGAAUCUUUCUCGACUAGAAGUCCUUUCUCUUGGAAGUUUUUAUGAUGAUAGUUAUGGAUCCGAACUGACUCAAAUGUUGAACAUGCGGUGGUUGUCUAAUCUCCAUUUGUUGCGUCACCUGGAUAUGAGUGGCGUAGACCUAAGCGAAGGAGGUGACUGGCUUCAAGUGAUCAACACACUUCCUUUUUUGGAAGAACUACAUAUGUCAAAUUGUCUACUCACAAAUGUAUAUCACCAUGUUUCUAGACUUAAUCUAACAUCCCUUUCCUUGCUUGAUAUUUCCAAUAACUUUUUCGAAAAUACUUCCAUUCCUCAGUGGCUUUUCAGUAUAUCAAGUCUAGUUUCAUUGGAUUUAAGUCAGUGUAAUUUUCAUGGACAUAUUAGGAGUAGUAUGAUUAGCUUUCGUAACUUGACGUCUCUUGAGGUUCUUCAUGUAUCUGGGAAUGAUUUUAUAAAUUCUUCGUUAGUUUUAAAGGAGUUGUCUAGUAUAGGUAGUAAUCUCAUUUCUUUGGAAAUUCAAAGUUGUGGUCUUACAAGUUCUGUUUUAGCUUCCCUUCACAAUUUGACUUCUCUUCAAAGCCUUGAUAUGUCACAAAAUCAACUCAGUAAAAGAAUACCCAAAUCAUUUGGUUACCUUUGCAAUUUGCGACGUAUAGAUCUCUCAGGUAACAAAUUUCAAAAUAUGAGUUUUACAUCUCUUCUUGAGAGUAUUUUACAGUGCAAAUCACCUCGCGUGGAGUCAUUAUCUCUUGUUUACUCAGGUCUGUCUGGUCAUCUACCGGAUUCAUCAAUCGGAAGACUAUCAUUUUUGAGGUCAUUAUCAAUCAAAGAGAAUGAGAUCUCUGGUUCAAUUCCAAACUCAAUUGGACAAUUAUCGUCAUUGGAGACGUUAGAUCUGAGUGAUAACCAACUGAAUGGCAGCCUUCCUGAUAGCCUUGGUGUACUUUCUAACUUGACUUUUCUCGAUCUAUCUUAUAACUUGCUGACUGGUGUUGUAACUCAAGCUCACUUUAAAAAACUUGACAGACUAAGAGUAUUACGGGCAACAGGUAAUUAG